AUGGCUCCACACAAGACGAGUGAAUAUGAACAACAACAUCCGAAGGAAGGACAUGAUGAUCCGCCUCGUGUACGUCGUACACCUAGUGCAGAAGCAGCAACAAACAAUGAAGAUAACAAAAUUCGUGUACGUAAGAAGAGAUACAUUACGUGGACUCUCAGGCCAGGAGUGCCAGGAGUUAUAGAAACGCAUGAUCCAAGUGACGAGCAAGGUAAAGAUGAUGUUACUUGUGGCAACAAUGAAUUACAGAGUCGCUUAAAGGAAGUAAUAGAUAACUGGCAUAAGGACAAGGGAAAGGAAGAAAAAGACUGGGAGACAGUUUGGAGUGAAAUCGAGGAAAGGAUCCAGCCACUGUCUAACGACAUAUCUACCUAUAAAUCAAAUAUGGACACUUAUUGUAAUGCCCCUAAUGGACAAGUCACCACAUGGACAGAAGCAGAUAGGAACGCUUGUAUGCUCAUUACUGCAGGAUUAAAACAUAUAUACGAAAUAAGGGUGAACCAGGGUGAAGAGGGCAAGGAGGCCAAAAUAAAUAACAGAAAAUUUAGGGCCACUGCUUCAUGUAUCAUAUUAAAUGAACUCAUAAGGAAAAUGAAGGACAAGGCUAAUUCUUGUACCCAGAAGAUAAGCAUAAAAGAAGGCAUAGAACAAGCCUUUAAUUCCAGUUCACAAAUAAAAACAGAUGCAUGCAAGACUGAUUCUGGCUGUUUUGAGUGCAAACAGUGGGAUUAUUCAGACUGUAAAAUGGGAAAAGAACAAGUGAGGGAGAAGUUAAAGGAGAACUUCGAUAAGGACAAACAAAUACAGGAAGCACUGGGAGAUAUAUACCCACCUUCCAUCCCCUCCAGCUCCAAAACAGCCACUCUUGGGGAAUGGUUCACACGUUUUUCGAACAAUGCAACAGAAAAAGACGAAAAUAAUUAUGAAGAACUAAAACUUCUUUUAAUUUUAUGUGACGAGAUGAAGAGUACCCUUGGUGAUGAUAUGGAAAAGUAUAAGGAUUUCUGUAAUAUUAUGAUGAAAAACAUAAUGCUGACGACAGGCAUUGAAAAGCAAUAUAAAAACAAAGAACAGAAUCAGGGGCAGGGACAAAUGCCAUGUGCGAAGAAAGUGAAAGAUAUCCCACUAUGUAACCUGUUAAAAGCAUGGAUGUGGUAUAUGCACUGGUUUUGUGUUCCUACUAAGGUUAUAAAAUAUGUCCUUGAUGGGGCGAAUGGUCUAAGGACGGAAUUUAUUAACAAAGGUGGGAAGUAUGAGGAAUGUGCUUAUGAUGCUGCAUUUAGGAUUCCUACAGACGACAAAAGGUAUAGGGUAGGCGAAGCGUACGAACUAUUUUCCACAAAUAUGUUGCAUGCUAAGAUAAGAGAAGCAACUAACGAGAAAAAAUUGUGUGAAGACAGUAAAUGGCAAUAUCGGGACCGUGCUCGGGAGGGUUCAAUCAAACCACGAGCGGAGGAAGAGGAGGAGGAAAAAAUUAUCAGUGAUGAUGACAACUCAAAUAACGUGCAGGAAAUUGUUCACGAAAUUAACGAAGCAUUAAAAGAGGAAAAAGAAGAAGAGGCAGAGAAGUUAAGGGAAUUAGAAAAAAACGUUCAGGACGCCAUAUCACCACCUCCUAAACCAGGUGCUGAAACGGAAGAGACAGAGAAGAAAAUGGAACCACCGCAGAAGGAGGUUGUUCCUGAUGAAGAAAAGAAAGCAGCGUCGGAAGUCACUGAUCAAACAAGUUCAGGUGCUGAUGCUAAGACGGACGAGAGUUCUGAUGAAUUAGGUUCCCCAGAGGAAGGUGCUGUGACGGAUAUAGACCCAUCAAAAAACGAGCAAGGCGAAGAUGCUGAUGGGGGUAACACUAAGCAAGAUCAACCCCACCAGAAGGACCAGGUGGAGAAGGAGGGGCAGAAACAGGCGAAGCUGAUUUAA